AACCUGGGCGAGGCCGGCAUGCUGGAACUGCCCGAGGCUGUGGCCCAGCUGCCCUCGCUGCGCAAGCUGUGGCUCACGCACAACGCGCUGCGCGCGCUGCCCGACGGCCUCGCGCGGCUGGGCCGCCUGCAGGCGCUGCUGGCGCCCGACAACGUGUUCAAGGAGCUGCCGCCGGUGGUGACCCGCCUGGAGUCGCUGGAGCAGCUGUUCUUCAACCUGAACCCCAUCCGCGAGCUGCCGCCAGGCAUCGGCGCCCUCACCAACCUGGAAUGGCUGGACUUGAGUGAGUGCCAGCUGGCGUCCCUGCCCCCCGAGAUCGGCGCCCUGACCCGCCUGCAGCGCCUGGACCUGCACAGCAACAAGAUCCCCACCCUGCCCCCCACCAUCUCAGCCCUGGCCAGGCUGGACCGCCUCUCGCUGCACAGCAACGACAUGACGCUGGUGCCUCCAGAGAUUGGGGCCUGCACCGCCCUCACCUGGCUGUCCCUGAACGCCAACAAGCUGCGCGUGCUGCCGCCCAGCAUCGGCGCGCUGACCCGCAUGAUCCGCCUGUCGCUGCACAUCAACCACCUGGAGCACCUGCCGCCCGAGAUUGGCAACCUGGUGCACCUGGAGGCGCUGAGGUGUCUGUGGCUGUACAGCAACCAGCUGACCAGCGUGCCGCCGGAGCUGGGGCGGCUGACGGGCCUGAAGCGGCUGUGGCUGGACCGCAACCGGCUGGAGACGGUGCCUGCUGAGCUGGCGCAGCUGAGCAGCCUGCAGGAGAUCUACCUGGACCAGAACCCCAUCAGGCAUGACCAGCUGCCGCCCCAGCUGGCGCUGCUCCCC